UUGUCUCACCUCACGGGCUGGUGUUGUAGAAAAUCACACAGUAAUCCAGUGACGGUGGUCACCAUGGCGACAGCGAUAUAUCUCGAACAUUAUCUUGAUAGCAUUGAAAACCUGCCCUGUGAACUCCAGAGAAACUUCACACUUAUGCGAGAGCUUGACAACAGAGCGGAGGAAAAGAAAGGUGAAAUCGAUAAGCUUGCUGAAGAGUACAUCAGUAACAUCCGAAAUCUGGCCCCAGAUCAGAGAGUAGAGCACCUGCAGAAGAUUCAGAGCGGCUUCAGCAAAUGCAAAGAAUACAGUGACGACAAAGUGCAACUCGCCAUGCAGACGUAUGAGAUGGUGGACAAACACAUCCGCAGACUCGACGCUGAUCUCGCACGAUUUGAGAAUGAGUUGAAGGAGAAGUUAGACGUCAGCGGCUACGAAAGCCCAGACAACAGAAAGCCCAAGAAGUCAGGUGGUAGAGGAGGCCUGAAGGAAAAACGAGGCCCCAAAGGAAGAGGAAGAAAAUGUUCGGACGACGACACACUUCGAAAAAAGAAAAUGAAAAACAGCCCUGAGUUCUCUGAAGCCAUCCUUCCAGUUCACCCGUCAGACGUCUUGGACAUGCCAGUGGACCCCAAUGAACCCACAUACUGCCUCUGUCACCAAGUGUCAUAUGGAGAAAUGAUCGGAUGUGACAACCCUGAUUGUCCUAUCGAGUGGUUUCACUUCGCCUGUGUUGAUCUAACGACAAAACCCAAAGGGAAAUGGUUCUGUCCACGAUGCACCCAAGAUCGAAAGAAAAAAUGAGAUGAACAUUUGUAACGUUGAGAGAUUACAUUUAUAUAUGAAUAAACUUAAAUAUGUAUUGUGGUAAAAUAGGAUAAUAUAUACUCAUUUCUAUAUGGCCAUGAUGAAAUAUUUGAGGGUCACUAGAAACAAAGCUUUUAUUUUUUGAAGUACUUGAAAUGUUUCCAUUUUGUCCGUUUAAGCUUCAUUCUGUCUUGUCAAAAAAAAAAUUCAUACAAUCUUGGAUAUAAUAGAUACAGUUGUGCUCAAAAGUUUGCAUACCCUUGGAGAAUUGGGAAUAUAAGUACCAUUUUUAAAGAAAACAUGAGUGAGCAGGCAAAACACAUUUCUUUUAUUUCUUAUGGGAUUCAUAUUCAACUGUAGGUUAUAACAGAAUGGCACAAUCAUAAAACAAAACAUGGCAACAAAGAAAAAAAUGAAAUGACCCCUGUUCAGAAGUCUGCAUACCCUUAGUUCUUAAUACUGUGUAUUGCCCCCUUUAGCAUCAAUGACAGCGUGCAGUCUUUUGUAAUAGUUGUCUAUGAGGCCCCAAAUUCUUGCAGGUGGUAUAGCUGCCCAUUCGUCUUGGCAAAAUGCCUUCAGGUCAUGCAAAGUCUUUGGUCGUCUUGCAUGAACCGCACGUUUGAGAUCUCCCCAGAGUGGCUCGAUGAUAUUAAGGUCAGGAGACUGUGAUGGCCACUCCAGAACCUUCACCUUUUUCUGCUGUAACCACUGAAGGUUCAACUUGGCCUUGUGCUUAGGGUCAUUGUCGUGCUGGAAAGUCCAAGAGCGUCCCAUGUGCAGCUUUCGUGCAGAAGAAUGCAAAUUGUCUGCCAGUAUUUUCUGAUAACAUGCUGCAUUCAUCUUGCCAUCAAUUUUCACAAGAUUCCCCGUGUCUUUAGAGCUCACACACCCCCAAAACAUCAGUAAGCCACCAACAUGCUUCACAGUGGGGAUGGUAUUCUUUUCACUAUAGGCCUUGUUGAUCCCUCUCCAAACAUAGCGCAUAUGGUUGUGACCAUAAAGCUCUAUUUCGGUCUUGUCACUCCAAAUUACUGUGUGCCAGAAGCUGUGAGGCGUGUCAAGGUGUUGUCGGGCAUAUUGUAACCGGGCUUUUUUGUGGCAUUGGCGCAGUAAAGGCUUCUUUCUGGCAACUCGACCAUGCAGCUCAUUUUUGUUCAAGUAUUGUCAUAUUGUGCUCCUUGAAACAACCAUAUCGUCUUUUUCCAGAGCAGCCUGUAUUUCUCCUGGGGUUACCUGUGGGUUUUUCUUUGUAUCCCGAACAAUUCUUCUGGCAGUUGUGGCUGAAAUCUUUCUUGGUCUACCUGACCUUGGCUUGGUAUCAAGAGAUCCCCGAAUUUUCCACUUCUUAAUAAGUGAUUGAACAGUACUGACUGGCAUUUUCAAGGCUUUGGAUAUCUUUUUAUAUCCUUUUCCAUCUUUAUAAAGUUCCAUUACCUUGUUACGCAAUUCUUUUGACAGUUCUUUUCUGCUCCCCAUGGCUCAGUAUCUAGCCUCCUCAGUGCAUCCACAUGAGAGCUAACAAACUCAUUGACUAUUUAUACACAGACACUAAUUGCAAUUUAAAAAGCCACAGGUGUGGGAAAUUAACCUUUAAUUGCCAUUUAAACCUGUGUGUGUCACCUUGUGUGUCUGUAACAAGGCCAAACAUUCAAGGGUGUGUAAACUUUUGAUCAGGGCCAUUUGGGUGAUUUCUGUUAUCAUUAUGAUUUAAAAAGGAGCCAAACAACUAUGUGAUAAUAAAUGGCUUCAUAUGAUCACUAUCCUUAAAUAAUAGACAGUUUUUUUGCAUGACCAGUCAUAUUUUCAAAAUCAGUGCCAAAAUUUCACAAUUUCUGCCAGAGUAUGCAAACUUUUGAGCACAACAAUAUAUGAUAUAUAUAUUUUCCUCUUUACUUAACAAUUGGUAUGUAGCUUUUUCUUACCCUUUCAUUUACAAAGCUUCAAGCAUCCAAGCUUUCGCUCAUAAAAUGUUUUUUAAACGGCACGCCGUUUAGAGCAAAUCCGCAAAUUUGCCCAUAAUCUAGAGGAUUUACUUGGAAUAAAAACGUUUGACUUGCUGAAUGCAGGCAAUGUACGAUUUGUAUUCAGCUGUAAACUUUAUUUUCUUGCACUCAAAGUACAAUGUGACUACUUUUCUGGUGACCACCAUUUUACCACCAGUUUAAGCAAAGAGAAACUUUGAAUUGCAAAUGAGAUAUUUUAUUGUUCAGAGUCACUGAACAAAUCAUUGAACAGAACUCGUGGGACGUAAGUGUCAUCAUUUGAAUGCUUUUCCACUUGAGUUGGACAAUCGAAUUCCACUCCAUUCCAGUUUGAGAUCGCCUUGUUCCCGAGAUAUUUUAUAGAACUCAAUGCAACCGUAAUUGAGACUACUGCUUUUUGAACUCCAGCGACAUGAGAACAACAGAAUACAUGCUAAUUCUUAUUGUGUUUGUUCCACGUCUGAAUGUUUUAAACGAUCGAUUUUGGCAGUAUCUGCCAUCUCUUUUCUCCUGCAGCUUUGAUGCACUUUUUUAAUCGACCAGACUCGGCACUUAUGACCAGAAUGCUUUUUGAAUUUGCUGUGUAGUCCUGCACUUGUGAUACGACUCGCAGAGAAUGAGACACGAUUGCCAUUUUUUACUGCCAAUUGCGUUAUAGGUCGUAAAAAUGCGCAAACAGUUGCGAUGGCACAAAAAAUGUCAGAGGAUUUACCAAAGUGAGAUUAAGUAGUGUUAGCACUGUUUUAAGCUACACUGCUGUUGUAUUAUUUCUAUGACUCUAUAUGUGAUCCAAAUAUAAAACAUGCAAUAUUGCAUUAUUAUAUUACUGUGCGAAUGAACAGUACAAUUGAAAAUCUUAAAAUUGUGUCAUAUCAUUAGUGGGUAGAAUCCACUAGGUUGAAAGUGUGAAAAUCAAGUAACGUUUUGUGUGUGUGUGUUUUUAUUUUUAUUUUUUAUGUUUAACUAUCCUAGAAUCUAUGGACUAGAUGUACCGUACAGCUUUUCGUAAAAACAAAUAAAUAUUUACCAUUUAAAACUU